UUGUCAAAAGAAUUAAUUGAUAAGCUCGUUUCGUAAUCGUCUAGCUUUAAAUGUUCAAAAGGCUUCAUGGUGUCAUAGCAACAAUGAGCGUGACCUCGAUACCCCUAUUAUGUUACGCUUCCAGCCGAAGCUAUCCACGAGGCUACGAUAAGAAUCUGUUCACGGAACUGGAAUUAUCAGUCUCGUUGUUUGGCAGAUAAUAUCCUGCACAAGAAUUAAGAGCUGCCCUACUAAAAAUCAGUUUACAGGGGAGAAUUUGUUUCGUUGGUUGCAAGAAAGAUUACAGUUGAACAGCUAGAGCUGCACUCUCGCCAAAUCUGUCAUCAUGUCUGCAACCACGAGAGAGCAGGCAAAACAAUACUUGUCAGAACACAAAAUACCUCAGCUUUUUGAAUCAUUGCUUAGUUCACUAAUGAUGGAGCGGCCAGAAAACCCUGUGGAGUACAUAGAGAAGAAAAUGUGUCAGAUACGAGAGAUUGGGACUGAUAAUGUCAACUGGGAGACACUUGUGGCCCAUUUGCAUCCAUACAGAGACAAUAUUCGUCGCCAGUUUAUACGUGAUGGAAGUAUAUAUGACAAGGAGUUUGCUGUGAUGCAAGGAGAGAUGGAGGAAUUCAAGCAGAGAAAGAAAGAGCAUUUUGAGUCUAUAGCCAAUGAAGAGUACACACCAGAACUGUUCCAGCUGACAGAAGCACAUUCUUAGCGAUGGUUAUGGUCAGGAGAGGCCUUCAAAGCUUCGGCACUACGACAACAAGCUCAAUGAUUAAUGUGCGUGCUAUGCCAAGAGCGCCAGUUUAAUCCAUCCACGUUCUUGCCAGGAAGAAAUAGUAUAGGAAUUUACAGGGAGCCGAUGGUUUGAAAUCUGAGAUUCUUAAAGAUCCUGAAAUGCUGUUUAUGGUAGAUUGUUUAUUGUUUUAGUAGAUGGAGCAUUUUGUCAGCUUGCUGUUCAGAUGUACUUAGCCCGAAUAAUUUUUUUCUUUUUAUUACAGUUCUUAAUUUGAAGGUAUGUGUUGAAGAAAAAUUUGGUUAAAAUUCAAAUUCUAAAUGUUGAUAAAGGCAAGAAAUGAUUCAUAAUGCUUUUUUUCAAUCUCUCAUAAAAAUUGUUGCUUUCUGGACUUAGAAAAUUUGAACAGCUUGUUAACAAUUUUUACUCUUGAUUCAACAGGAAAUGAACACAGAGAAGGAGGACUUUGAACCAAAAAAAAAAUGUUUGAUCCUUUUUUUUUCUAAUUUAGUAGCAUUCUACUGUAUUAUGCUUUCUUAAAUCUUGAACGAAAAUUCUUGUGGAAAUAGCUAUGACGUCAGGUCACUUGUUUAGGAGGUAUGCAUGUUGUUGGUUGUGAUAAUGAGAUUAGAUUAUACUUGCGGUGUACACUUGAGGAUGAACAAAAGAAGUGUCUUCGUCCUACUUUUUUGCCAUUCAUGUUUAUGUAUAUGAAACAGUACAUGUCUAUGAAACUGGAGAGUGAUGCACAUCUAUCCAACUAGUCGGGUCAGCAUGAUUUGGUGGGGGUGAAAAAGUCUGCUGGUGAGUUCUCUCUCUCUCUCUCUCUCUGAGUCAAGUCUGUUGUUACCCUGAGGAGCGAACUCAGUUGAUUUUGGGAGAUCCCACUACGUUAUGCCAAAAAAA